CUUCAAUCUCAUCUACAAACGUGCUAACCACCCUUACAUCAGCUCUUUCCGGUCUAGAAUACCGCGGCUAUGAUUCCGCCGGCUUAGCCGUGGAUGGUGACGGGAUAAACACAGUCUUGUCUUACAAGGAGGUCGGAAGAGUCGCCCGGCUGAAGCAACUCAUCGAAGAAGAGAAGCCUGAUCUGACCAAGACAUUCGUCUCACAUGCUGGCAUUGCUCAUACGAGAUGGGCAACGCAUGGUACCCCUUCCCGUCUCAACUGUCAUCCUCAUCGAUCUGAUCCAAAGUGGGAGUUUGCUGUGGUGCAUAACGGCAUAGUCACUAAUUACAAGGAGCUGAAGACCCUUCUAACCCUCAAGGGCUCCAAGUUUGAGACAGAGACGGAUACAGAGUGCAUCGCCCAGCUUUUCAAGUACAUACAUGACAACAAUCCCCGCCUCAGCUUUGUUGACCUCGCUAAGACAGUCAUGACUAAGCUCGAAGGAGCCUACGGACUACUGAUCAAGUCGGUACACUACCCACAUGAGCUUCUCGCCGCCCGCAAGGGCUCACCCCUCGUUGUUGGGCUGAAGACUCAGCAACGCAUGAAGGUGGAUUUCGUGGACGUUCAGUACUUCGACGACGGAGCUUUACCUUUGGAGACGCCUUCACACAAUGCGUUCAACAAGGCGGCAUGCAACCAGCCGACAUUCGAUGGCCCCGACCAACCCCUGCUCCACCGCUCACAGUCACGGUCUAUUGGAACGGACGAAGACAAGCCACAACCCGUCGAGAUUUUCGUUUCCUCUGAUCCAGCGACCAUCAUUGAGCAUACAAAGAAAGUCGUGUAUCUUGAGGACAAUGACAUUGCUCACAUCCAUGAUGGCUUUUUGAACAUCCAUCGUCUCAGGGGGGCUGGGGAAGUCGGCGGCUCCGGUGUUCGCAUCAUUCAGACCUUGGAUCUUGAGCUCCAGGAGAUUAUGAAGGGUGAAUUCGACCACUACAUGCAAAAGGAAAUAUUCGAGCAGCCUGAGUCCGUGGUCAAUACCAUGCGAGGCCGCUUGCACCUCGGCUCCGAUGACAAUUUCGUUACUCUCGGUGGCCUCAGAUCCCACAUCGCAACCAUGCGCAAAUGCCGGCGUAUCAUUUUUAUCGCUUGUGGUACAAGCUAUCACUCUUGCAUGGCCGUGCGAGGCGUAUUUGAAGAACUCGUGGAAAUUCCCGUCGCGGUGGAAUUGGCGUCGGAUUUCCUGGAUCGCAAAGCCCACGUCUUUCGAGAUGAUACCUUUGUGUUUGCGUCCCAGUCUGGUGAAACCGCUGAUUCGCUGAUGGCUCUCAAGUAUUGCUUAGAGCGCGGCGCCCUCACCGUCGGGAUCGUUAACGUCGUGGGUUCUAGUAUCUCUUUACUUACCCACUGCGGCGUCCAUGUUAAUGCUGGUCCUGAAAUUGGCGUUGCUUCUACCAAGGCAUACACCUCGCAGUUUGUCGCGAUGGUGAUGUUUGCUUUGUAUCUUGGGGAAGACCGUGUGUCAAAGGCUCAACGCCGUCUCGAGAUCAUGGACGGUCUCGGCAAGAUCUCGGCGCAGAUCAAACAAAUGAUAAGGGACCUUGACCAGCCAAUCAAAAAGCUUUGUGAGAUCUUUUUGAAGGAUAAGAAGUCAUUGCUGCUGCUUGGUCGCGGCAGCCAGUACCCAACCGCUCUUGAGGGCGCUUUGAAGAUCAAGGAAAUAUCCUACCUUCAUUGCGAGGCUGUUAUGACCGGCGAGCUCAAGCAUGGCGUUUUGGCCCUUGUCGAUGGGAAAAUGCCGAUUAUCAUGAUUAUGACAAGAGAUAGGCUGUUUACGAAGAGCCUCACUGCUUACGAACAGCUGGUGGCCCGUGGUGGCAAGCCUAUAAUUAUCUGUCACACCGAUGAUGAGGAAUUCAAGGGAAACAACGUGGCUCGGAAGAUAGAGGUCCCUAAGACGGUGGAUUGCCUACAAGGCAUACUGAAUGUCAUUCCUCUUCAGCUCAUGGCUUACUGGCUGGCUGUCCUGGAGGGCUUGAACGUGGACUUUCCUCGUAACUUAGCUAAGUCUGUUACUGUUGAGUGACGGCAUCGUGCACAAUGGAUCAUUGGGUUGCUAUGACUAGGUAGUGCCGGUAGUAUUUGUGCUAUCCGCCGCCAGCCACAUAGACCUUACUCAGAAGGUCAGAGUGUACAGACGAUAAGUAAGGCUGCGACUCGUAUGGCAAUGAGUCUGGCAAAAGCCCCCUGCCCGCGACCUUGGUGAGGAUUGUUCAGAAACGGACCUUUGCUGCCCGGGGCUUUAUCAUUCUUUAG